AGUACCCACAAGGCUCACAGUGCCCAGAGGCAAGGGCAGACUGCAGGAAGGUGAUUCGUGUUACAAAUCAGUGUCUCUGAAGGGCUGGCAGGGCUCUGGGAAGACUGAACCGGAUCCUCGUCCCUUCCACCUCCCAGCGCUCGCCGGGGCCAUCCCGGCAGCAGCCGCGCUCUGGAUGGAUUUCAUUGCCGGCGCCAUCGGAGGUGGUCUAAGCACAGCUGUGGGUUAUCCACUGGACACAGUAAAGGUGAGAAUCCAGACUGAGAACCACUACAGAGGAUUUUGGCACUGUGUUCAGGAAACGUACAGGACAGAAAAGGUCCGGGGGUUUUACAAAGGCGUGACAGCAUCAGUGCUCGCUGUGUCGGUGGUUUCCUCCGUCUCCUUUGGCACAUACAAGAACUUCCUCGGUGCCCUGUGCAAGCUGCGGUACGGGGCUGCAGAAGCCAAGCCGUCCCGGCUGGAUGUUUCCCUCGCCGGAGCCGCUGCCGGCGCUGCCCGGGUUGUGUUGACAAACCCUAGUGAGGUGGCUAAAGUUCGGAUGCAGACUCAGAGAAACCCACACCCUUCCACCACACAUCAGCCUGUUUCCAAGCCAAAGUACCGAGGGUCUCUGCACUGUCUGAAGGUUAUCAUCAAGGAGGAAGGUUUUGGAGGUCUCUACAAGGGCUGUUCUGCAUUACUCUGCAGGGAUUGCUCUGCUUCUGCAAUAUAUUUCCUUUCCUAUUCUGCGCUGUGCGACUGGCUCACACCAGAUGGGAGAAAUAAACCAGGUUUCCUUGUUGUGCUGCUUUCUGGUGGUUUUGCUGGAGUCCUGGCCUGGGGAUUAGCUACUCCCAUGGAUGUCAUCAAAUCACGCAUGCAAACAGAUGAAUCGGACCAGCACAAGUACAAAGGCCUGAUCCACUGUGUGAGGGAAAGUGUGAGAAAGGAGGGGACAAAAGUGCUUUUCAAAGGACUGGGUUUAAACUGCAUUCGUGCCUUUCCCGUGAACAUGGUAGUGUUUGUAACAUACGAAGGUGUACUGAGAUUUACGGAUCAUUAUAUAAAAAAAAAAUAGCUUGUUCCAUUCUGUCCAAA